UUUCGUCAGUUGAUUGCAGUAUCGAGACGUAUCGUGUUGUUGUGUUAUCAGACUUUAUUAUUAAGUGGCAAGAUGAAAGCUAUAUAUAAUGUGUUAUUGCUAUUAAUGAUAGUUAUCAAGUGUAAUGGAUAUAAGGGAAAUUCCAAUGAUUAUAAAUACAAUAAUGAUAUAGGAGCAAAUCGUGAAUCACAAAACCAACCACAACUACAGCCAGGAGCGCCUCAGGAUCAAUCAAAUCACCCUCCAGGGCCACCUCCUCAUCAUCAUCAUGAUCAUCACCAUUAUCACCAAGGGCAACCACCACAUCAUCGUCCACCCGGACCACCACCACAUCAUCAUCCAAAAGGGCCACCACCACAUCAUCAUCCACCAGGGCCACCACCACAUCAUCGUCCACCAGGGCCGCCACCACAUCAUAAUCCACCAGGGCCACCUCCUCAUCAUCAUCCACCAGGGCCACCUCCUCAUCAUCAUCCACCAGGGCCACCUCCUCAUCAUCAUCCACCAGGGCCACCUCCUCAUCAUCAUCCACAAGGACCUCCACAUCAUCAUCAUCCACCGGGGCCACCACACCAUCAUCAUCCACCUGGACCACCACCACAUCAUCAUUCAUCAGAGUAUGAUGAAACGCCAAAUGGAAUCAAUGGACAUGACUCUCACAACUACCAAGGAAAACCUCAUCCAUAUGAAUAUAACAACUACAACAAUGUAAACUCAACAAAUUAUAAUAGCCAUGAUCAAAACAUGAACACGAACAAUGUCAAGCCUACAGCGUUCACAACAGAACCGACACCGGCUACAACAGCACCAGUGACCACAACAGAAUAUGUAAUGAAAUUAACCACAAAGAAACCUGAUGAUGGACCGUCAGGACUGGCGCCAGGUCACCAUGAGUACAUUUAUACUGGAGAUAAAAUAUACAUAGAAGGAGCACCGACCAAAGACACGGAACAGAAACCUUCAGAUGGCGAUGAAAAUUACGAAUUAGACGUCAGAUUUAAGGAUUGAAAAUAUAUUUGGUUUUAAGAAUUUUUUUAAAGGGCAAAUUUAAGUGUCAAAUAAAUGUUAUAUUACUAUUAUCUGCAUACAA